UUUUCUAGAAACGGAAGCAAAGAAGUAAUACUGCACAGGUUUCGAUAAAAAAUUACAGGGGGAAAACACGUUUAUGAUGUGCAAUUCACUAAAAGCAUACAAGGUGGUCAAUCAGUGUGUAGAAAUAUUUCUUAUUGGUGUAGCAAACAUCAAAUGAUGUGCGCAGGGAAGUCGGGGAAAGUAUAAAUACGUUUGAGGCAAUGUUUUUAAACUCCACUAAUUUAGUUAUUAUUGCAUUAUUUUUUUAUCUUUCCUUAAUUUGUAUGUACAAUAUGUAUUUUCGGCAUGUGUAAAAAUAAACUACUGACUGUACUUUUGCGAACUCAAGAUAAGUUACAUUUUGGUUUUGUUCAUUAGCCCACUAGAUUUUUAUUGCAUGUACCAAACUUAGGUUUUAUGGCAGAACUUAUUGCCCCUUUGACAUCAUUAUCCGACGAACUUGUUGAAAUAAAAGUUCAAGGUUUGAAUCCGCAACAAAAAAUUACAAUUCAAUCGUGCCAGACUAGUGAGAGAGGGCAAUUGUUCCAUGCUUUUGCUCACUACAUCGCGAAUGAAAAGGGAUUCGUAAACGUAUCAAGCGAUAGGUCACUAGGUGGAAGCUAUGUCGGUGUUGAACAAAUGGGUUUGUUUUGGGCAAUGAAGACGCCAAGCUACGCUGGUAAAAGUUAUGGAAAUCUAAUAAAACAAAAUCCGAGUACACCGGAUGAAGUUCAGUUGAAGUUAUACGAUAAUUUUAUACAAGAAGAAAAUAUUCGUAACUUUGAAUCAAAUGCCUCUAUAAUAAUAAAACGUCAGUAUAUCAAAGAAACAUUCGACAGGAUACCAAUAAACAACGGUGACAUAUGCGGUACACUCUUCAGGCCCCCUGGUGCACUAAAGUUGCCCGGGGUUUUAUAUAUCAACGGAUAUAUUGGGGGAGUCUCGGAGUUCCGUGCAGCUCUUUUAGCAAACCACGGUUUCGUUGUUCUUACGCUUGGAUAUUUCAAAUGUGGAAAUAGGCCAGACGAAUUAAAGUAUGUAGACCUCGAUUACAUAGAACGUGCGGUAACUUUUCUCGUGCGUCACAAAAAUGUUCUUGAUUGCGGUAUUGGAGUUUUCGGAUUUUCACUUGGAGGGACGAUGGCUUUAGCAAUAUCGGCAUUAUCACAGAACAUCAAGUGUGCUAUUAACCUAUGUGGGAUGACAUACGCAUGCUUGGGAAUUGACAUUCAUUACGGAAAACGAGUUUGGAAAUCAGUCGAGUUCGAUGAGCGGAAAAUAUCGAUCAACAAUGGAUUUCAAGACCACGCUAAAACUCAUACUAUACCUUCGGCAGUUAACAAUGAAAAACACAUGCCCAAUUUUUUCAUGUCGGAUGCAUCGUUUCUUUUCAUCUAUGGAGACGAUGAUGGCUUAAUGGACUGCGAUGAAAAUAUGUCUCUUGCGAAGCAACUCUACCAAACAUCAGGUCAUAAUCGAUGUAAAUUUGUGAAAUAUACCAACACUGGACAUUUAAUUUGGCCUCCUUUUACUCCGCCAAUUAAAUACACAUACCACGGGAUGGGACAUUUUGGUAUACCAACUGAUUUUGGGGGUACUAUGAAAGAUCAUUCUGUUGCUCAAGAAGAAUCGUGGAAGGAAAUAAUUGGGUUUUUCAGGGAAAACCUCAUUCGUUAGGCUUGGCUAGUGUUAUUUUGGCGAAGUAAAAGUUUCAAUUUGGAAUAACAGAGUUCCUAAAACCGCAAAUCGACCAUACGAUAUGGAGAAGCCGAGAUUUCAUUAAUUUUAUUUGUAUCAAAUAAUGCCGUUUUAUUAUUGAUAGGUGCGUAUAUAUACGUAAUUAUGCGUGUAACGGACACGUUUUCUAACGUUUGUAUGCUUUUCACCACCUUGUAAUUAUUGCACCAACCAAUAGUUAUUGCCGUAAUGGAACACUGCAGCUUUCCAUCAUCAAUUCCAAUUUCCAAGCUUGUUUGUUUUUCUUUCACGGAAAACGCGCAGCUUUAUUUAUAAGCUAAUCAUCUGUGUUUUAGAAUGAUUUCUAUCCUUGUGUGCUUGCUUAUUGACCUCUGAUAACUGAGUGAUGAGUUAAGAUUGGGAAUUGCUUCGCUAAACUACGUAGGUAUUUAGGUAAAAACACGCAGGAUAGGGACCGGUGUCUCCAAAAUGUGGUGUCCCACUUGUCCCGGAGAUCUGGGACACGGGACACGACAUUAUGGAGACACUCGGGUAGGGACCCUACACUAUAUCUGUGAGUCCACUUCAUAAAAAAUUAGGUUCCUAUGUUCUGCUGGUUUUGCAGGAUUUCCUAGGUUUGAUUUGUUUGCUUUCUAAAUAGUGUUGCGUUUUCAUAAUUGUCAAAAAAACUGUGUGAAUUUGAUGUAGGUGAGAUGUCAGCAUAUAAAAUAUGUCCAGCAAUUUCAGAUUCGUAAUUUUUUUGAAAUACUGUACUAGGUCAUUGCAUGCAUUGCAAAUAUAAAGAAAACAGAGAUGUUCAAAAAUUGGAAAACAUAGGGCAAGCAAAUGAGGACAACUUUUCUAGGCCGUGGGCGUCGCCAGAAUUCAUGAGCAGUGCGCCACCAAUUCCGGGCUUGGAGAGGUUACGCAUACUUUCUGCUGCUCUCAGCAAUUUUUCACCGUAAAAUCGGAAAUCCACGAAUGAGAACGAGACGGACAACAGUUUCAAAAGUCUGGUUCUAUUCGAAUCUCCAGAUGAUUGUAAAAGUCGCUCCCCGUACGUUAACAAAUCCAAUGAUCAUUUUUCUAGCAAUCCAGCAAAAAAAUCAGUAAUUUCCGACGUAAAGUUGACAACAGUUUGUCACAGGUCCGCGCGUCCCAGCUUCAAACUCUAAGAUUGUAGAUGGUUCCAAACUAAUAAAUCAUGAACCCUGGACUAGAAGAACAAACCGCUACACAAACUGAUAGCUCGUUCACCUUAUCCACGGGGGAGAGUUACACAUUUAUUUACUGAUACAUCAUCAUAACAUAUUUUACAAUAUACUCAAAACGACGCGAGAUAAAAUCCACAAAUAAAAUACAAGAAAAAAAAUGAGCACGAAAAAUAAUAUUUCUCGGGCAAAGUUAUCACUUUUGUAUAUUUUUACAAUUUCGUAAUGAAGCCAGUCCUUCCCUAAAUAAAUCUAAUCUUGCUAUAAAGCUUACAGUCGACCUACUUCUUGGUGUGGAUGAAUCGGAAAAAUGUCAUAAAAAGCUUUGUCAAUUUCACUAAAAAUCAAUAGAAUGGUUGAUGUACACAGAAUAUCAAUAUCAAUUGCGAGAAACUGGUAGAGGGAAAAUUCUGUACAGUACAUAUUACAACUACGACAAAAGAGUACAAAAUGAUACAUUGUUUCAAUAAAUAAAACCAAAACAUAGUAGUGGUAGAGUAGGUAUCAGACUAAAAAAAAAAGACCAAAAAAA